AUGAGUAAAAAUGAAUUUGGCCGAAAUGUUAUUGUUGACAAAAUUCCACCAGGUGAAUAUCAAAUAAAUGAACGAUUACCGCCUCUUCGCAAAGCAGUAAAACGAGAAGCUAUACAGGCUCUUGAGAACGAUCCUUAUAUUUUAUCUUGUCCACAAAAAGAAUUUGGCAUUUUUUGGGCAUUAAAUGAAUCUUACAUUUCAUCUACUUUAUUGUUGGCACAGUAUCCUGAUAAGAGGAUUUAUAUCGAUGGUGAUAAUCAGCUCAUCAUUAAUUUUCUUAAAUUAGAUGAUGACGAAAGUUUCUUUAGCUGUCACCGAGCAUAUGACGGCGAUGUACUAAGAACAUUUAGUCUCAUUGUCAAUAAAGGCAAACAACGCCAGGAAAUUGUUGAAUAUAUUAAUUUUGGUAUCAGAUAUGGUGCAUUUUUACUCAUACUAUUAAUGGUACUAUCGAUUACUUUGAAUGUAAGUGUUCAAUCAGAAAAAUAUCGACGUGAAGUUGCAAUCAAGCACACAUCAAUAAACAGAUACGAACAGAAGAUAUAA